CCAGCAGUCGGCAUGAGUACCCCGUGCGAACCGCCUCAUUCCGGAGCCGGCGACUUUCGGUCGGCAUCCUCGUGGUCGCGCGCGCUCUAAGGACAUGCUGUGCAAUGUCGGAGCCAUCCCCUGCCAACGACCUGGCCUCGGUGGGGACCUGGCUCGAAUCGAACCCGGGGGCGGUCGAACUGUGGCUGAGGGAGCACGCGUCCCCCGAGCUACGACAACGUGUCCAGCAGGCCGUGCUGCAGCCGGCCGCCGCGAAGAGGACGUCCAUCACCUCCGACUUGUUCCAGCUUUGGCUGGCCGCGUCGCCCGCCAAUAACGACAAGAACUUGGACAAUGGCAGGCCGACGAAGGACCUGGAGUCCAUGGAGGAGUCGGAGCUCUUCAUGGAGCUCAUCAGGGACGUCGCCAACGAGUUGGACAUCAACGUGCUCUCGCACAAAAUUCUUAAGAAUGUUAGCAUACUGACGCACGCGGACAGAGGGUCGUUAUUUUUGGCGCGAGGGCCGCCGGAAGAUAGGUACUUGGUGGCGAAGCUUUUCGACGUGAGGCAUGACACCACUUUGGAAGAGGCAGUUAAGAUGGCCAGGUCUGAGGAGAUUCGGAUUCCCUUUGGAGUUGGCAUCGCUGGUACCGUCGCCCAAAGCAAGAGCCUCAUCAACAUUAAAGAUGCCUAUUUGGACCCCAGAUUCAACAGCGAAAUGGACCAAAAGACGGGCUACAAAACGAACGUAAUCCUGUGCAUGCCGAUCUGCAACUACGAAGGAGACGUGAUCGGCGUCGCCCAAAUCAUCAACAAAACCAACGACUCGCAGGAGUUCACGCAGCACGACGUCGAGGUGUUCAGACGUUACCUGACCUUCUGCGGCAUCGGCAUCCAGAACGCACAACUCUUCGAGAUCUCCGUCCUCGAAUACAAACGCAACCAGAUCCUGCUGAACCUGGCGCGCAGCAUUUUCGAGGAGCAGAACAACUUGGAGUGUCUCGUUACGAAAAUAAUGAAGGAAGCGCAGGAUUUAUUGAAGUGCGAGCGAUGCGCCGUUUACUUAUUGGACUUGAAUUGUUGCGAGGCGAACCAUUUGGAACGGAUACUGGAACGUCCCGGCCGAACCGUACAACGUCACGCGCCCCUAAACCGAGUGGAGAGCGGCACCGUGACCGCUGACGACAUGAGGGAGAGCGGCUUGAGGAAACCGAGUCCCUUUACGACCAUCUUCGAGUUAAGGGAGGGCGGACAGAAGAGCAUGGUCUCCCGGCCUUCCUCCUUCGACUUGGCCAGUUCCACCCUCGCUCAAAUUGCAGGCUAUGCGGCAUCGACGGGGCAGAUUUUGAAUAUUGGGGACGUCAGGGCUUGGCUCAACGAAAAACACAGCGAGGGCGACGCGGAGUCGGCGAGAACGAUUCUGUGCAUGCCCAUCAUCAACGGACAACACACACUCAUAGGAGUGGCACAAUUGAUCAACAAAGACAACGGGUCCCCGUUCACCGAUUGCGAUGUAUCCCUGUUCGAGGCGUUCGCGAUUUUCUGCGGCCUCGGCAUCCACAACACCCAGAUGUACGAAAACGCUUGUAAACUGAUGGCGAAGCAGAAAGUCGCCCUUGAAUGUCUGUCGUAUCAUGCCACGGCCAGCAACGACGCCACCGAACAACUGGUCAAAGAGAACAUACCGUCGGCAAACAAUUUCAAUUUGUACAGCUUCACUUUUAUCGAUUUCGAAUUGAACGACGUGGACACGUGUAAAGCCACGAUUAGGAUGUUUUUGGAGUGUAAUUUGGUGCAACAAUUUCACAUCCCAUAUGACGUUUUGUGUCGAUGGGUUCUGAGUGUAAAGAAGAACUACCGACCGGUGAAGUACCACAACUGGCGACACGCACUGAAUGUAGCCCAAACUAUGUUUGCGAUGUUCAAAACCGGGAAGAUGGAGCGUUUCAUGAGUGAUCUGGAGAUUUUGGGACUGUUGGUGGCGUGUUUAUGCCACGACCUGGAUCACAGAGGAACAAACAACGCGUUCCAGACUAAAACUGAGUCGCCGUUGGCAAUUUUGUACAGCACAAGUACGAUGGAGCAUCAUCACUUCGAUCAGUGCGUCAUGAUCCUCAAUACUGACAGCAAUAAUAUUUUCCAAGCAUUGUCACCUGACGACUACAGAAAGGUGAUGAGAGUUGUGGAAACUGCAAUCUUAUCGACUGACUUAGCAAUGUACUUUAAGAAGAGGAAUAAAUUCCUGGAGCUCAUCGACAACGGCGAGUUCGACUGGCAAAGCGACGACAAGAAAGAACUAUUAUCCGGUAUGAUGAUGACGGCCUGUGAUGUGAGCGCAAUAGCCAAACCUUGGGACGUCCAGCACCGAGUCGCCAAACUAGUAGCAGACGAAUUUUUCGACCAGGGCGACUUAGAGAAACUGCAACUUAAGGAGCAGCCAGUGGCUAUGAUGGACAGAGAACGAAAGGAUGAACUGCCUCAGAUGCAGGUGGGUUUCAUAGACGUAAUCUGCCUUCCACUCUACAGAGUGUUGUCCGAAACGUUCCCGUGGGUGAAGCCCUUGUAUCAAGGGACUUUGGAGAACCGGAAGCACUGGCAGGAUCUGGCCGAAAAGGUCGAAAUGGGACUGACUUGGAUCGACCACGACACCAUUGACAAACCCAUCGAAGCUUUUGCAGAUACUGAGACGAAAGAAGAUAUAGAACUUACUAUUCAGACUCUCAAUACAUGUAAUCAGCCGGUGGAGAUUAAGAAAAAGAACAAGCACAAGUUGUGUUGUUUGUUGUGACAUCUAUUUUAAGUGGUGCCCUUGUGGGAACAUUUUCAUCGCGUUUUAUAGAAAAUGGAAGAAAACAACAUUAUCUGUCCAAUAGCGCAAACAAAAUAAUUUAUGUGAUUGAUUUUGAUAUUAUUGGUGACUGUAUGCUUUAAUUAAACUUAAGUUUAACAUAAUUUUAAUACGAAUUCCAUUUACUCAGCAUCAAAACGAUUGUGUAACAAUAAAUUGAUUUACGUUGACAAUACAAGUUGACUCACAAUAAAAAUAAGUAGUUAAUUGUAUAAAACCUUUUACACCUACUAUUAGAUUUUACUCUUUCCUCUUGUGUAGAUUUUAUCUAUUGAUGUGAAACUUAGCAAAAUACUAGUAAAUAGUGUAGAAUUCCAAAAACAUAGUGUCAAUUUAAGUUUGAUGUUGGGCAGAUGAUAUUUAGAAGUAAAAAACUCAUUGUAAUAGAUGUAUAUGUAUGAUUUUCUACAUUUAAACUAUUAAAGGUGAUGCUUCAAAACCAAAAAGACAUAGUGAAAGAGAGAAAUUUGUAUCUACCAAACAAUAAUGUAUAUAUAGUGAACUAAAACGAUUGUUAAUAAGUAGGAUACAAAAAUAUAUACAUUUAUUCUAUUAUGUAUUACAAUAUUUGUGAUUUAAACUUAUACAUCAUAGGAAAGGUAUUUCAUUUUAUUUCUACAACUAUUUUUGUUAUUGACUUAUGUUUAUUUAUAAAAAAUGUUAAUAAAUAAGUUAAUCCUUGAA